GUCUGACACAACGCCGGUCACCGAGUCGCUGCCGCCCUUGAUUUGUUGUCUCUGCUGGAGACCCUGAAUUGCAUCCGCUCAGUCACCCGGCUAAAGAAACUCUGGCUCCAGGGUUUCCUGCAAGACAAUGGAGGUGGCUCGACAUUUUUCUCUUUUAAUUGCCUGACACCUUGCUGCCUUUAUCGGGGACUUGCAGCUUAACUUCCCCUCCUCCCUGCGCGAGGGAGCGGGCUUGGGAAGGGAGCCGACUUUCGAUUUCCUGCAAGGGCCACGCCUCCCCGGAGUCUCUCCCUCUCACCGCAGGCAGAGGGGCGGAGCCAUUCGUGGGGAUUUAAACCUGUCGCCGCUGCCCUUCUCCCCACUCGCGAUCGCGCUCACGGUGGCAUCGGACAAGAGCUUCAGUCAUGCAGGGAACUUUUAUGGGCUAAACAAUCGGCAGGCUGCCUGGUUCUGUUUUCCUUUGGCAACUCUUUAAAGAGUAAAAACCCUUGCCUCUCUCCAGUUACUGCCACAAGCAAAAGCUGAGAGACAGGCGUAUCCUUUCCAACGUGGAUCCCAGUGGAUUUUGUGUUUAUCAGCUGUUUUUUGGCUACAUCCGGAGCUGUUUGCACAGUAUAGUGCGUCCUGGCUGGCUUUUUCUGGAGUGCUGAAUACAGCUGGAGAAUAAGAGCAUAUCUACCAAAAUGCCAAGGGACAGCCAGACAGGCAGGCAACAAACCAGCAGCCAAAUGAGUUUAUUGUCACCACCUCCUCAACCAGCAGGAGCAGCAUCCUCAUCGUUGUUGUUGGUCCCAAAAUCAAACUGCCACCCCAACUUCUUCAAGAAGCACCCACAAGAAAUCAGCCAGAUAAACUGCAAAGAGAGCUCCCUAGCUAUCGUGGAGAGAAAUGGGAGCGUUCUCAUUUUUGACAAAGAGGGUGAACACAGAAAACCGGAAUGCGUGACUUUAGGACAGAACAUGAGGGGGCAUUCCUUGGACUGUGGAGCAGCAUAUAUGCUCAUUCUCACCUCAGAAGGAAAACUUUUUGAGCGGAGCAUUUCAGCCACAGCUGAUAAGUCAAAGAUAAGACUGCUGAAAGAAUUAAGAGACAAAUACAUUGUCCAAAUCGCAUGUGGGGACCAUCAUUCCAUGGCACUGUCUAAAGGUGGUGAGCUUUUUACCUGGGGACAGAACUCACACGGUCAGCUUGGAGUGGGGAACCAGAUUGACUUUAUCCACAAACCACAACUGGUGCAGGAGCUCAGAGGCAUCCCACUGGCUCAGAUUGCUGCAGGAGGAACUCACAGCCUUGCCCUGUCGCUCUCUGGAGCCGUUUACUCAUGGGGGAAGAACGAUUUUGGACAGCUGGGACUUGGAGACACAGAAAACAAAUAUUACCCUUCAUACAUUAGAGCCCUAGAACAUAAGAAGACUGUGUAUAUCUCGUGUGGUGGAGAGCACACUGCCGUUCUCUCACAGGAUGGGCUGGUGUGUACCUUUGGAGCUGGAGGUUAUGGGCAGCUUGGUCACAACUCCACCCAGAAUGAGUUGACACCUCGUAUUGUGGCCGAGCUCUUUGGAGCAAGGGUGUCUCAGAUAGCAUGCGGAAGGUGGCACACGCUUGUCUAUGUCCCCUCCUUGGAAAAAGUCUAUUCAUUUGGUUGUGGAGCAGAAGGACAGCUGGGCAAUGGUGACACAUCUAAUCAGUUGAUACCACUGCCUGUCGAAUUACCUUCAGAUUGGGUGAAUGGUGGAAAACUCAACCCAGGAAACAGUACCUCCAAAAAGGUGAUUAAAAUUAUUGCGGGAGGAAACCAAAGCAUUGUGCUUUGCUUGAAGAAAAAGAAUCCAUAUGUUACUUUGAACGGAACUGCCAUAGCGGAAGACAAGGAGGUGGAUAAAUGGAUUUCUAAUUCAGAUCCUAAACAGUGGGAGAAUAUAAAGAAGAAUAUUCGCCUGAUCUUUUCAUCUGUGGCUUGUGUCAAUGGAAGUUUCUUGGACAAAAGUGGAGACAAACAUUUCAGAACCUCCAAAGAAAUCUCAGGCGUAGAUAUGUCAGCAGUGCUUCUUUUUUAUGAGAAGAUGAACAAGAAACCAAAAGGCUUGCAGGAGGUGAUCUCUGCAGUUGAGAAAUUGUUGUCAUCACUGUCUUCCUCUCCCAGCUCACCUGAAGCUCUCAGGAUCUACCUGAUCAUUCCUGUCCUUUUACGGGGACAGGAUAACGUGUCUAACCGUCUUCUUGAUCGGCUAGCAGAAGCCAUCCUGAGUCUCCAACAAAAAGACCUGAAAGUUCUUGAAUCCCUGUGGUCAAAUCUAGAAAUAUCCUUUUUCAAGGACCUAGUGAGCAUGUAUCAAAGGGUUUCCAGAAUCAAUCUACUUAAUUUCAUCAUGCAAGUCAGAAACUCUGAAGUAAUUACCUGUGAACUGCACUUGAAUAGGAGUUUGAAAAUGCUGCAGAUUCUUUACCAGGUGAAUUCCAGUGCUGGUUUCAAAAUACAAGAAAACAACUUCUAUGUACCUGAAGUGAAAGCGAUUUGGGGACAGGCUUGGCAUUCGAGUGAAGCAACGAAGGCUUUGUUGAAACUGACUGCAUACCCUUGCAUCUUUGACAUGCAAGAUAAGAUUGUGGUUUAUGAAAUUGACCGCCAAAUUCUGUUCAGGAUAUAUAACGCAAACUCUUUCCUGGUGCCACGAGGUCCGUGGUGUAUAGAGAUCAGAAGAGCACACCUUGUGGAUGAUGUGUGGCAGUAUUUGAGGAGCGCACAACCUAAAACAUUUGAGAAAUUCUUGAAAGUGCAGUUCGUUGGAGAACAAGGUAUUGAUGAUGGAGGGUUGUCCCAGGAGUUCUUCACUAUCAUUACAAGGGAACUGUGUUGUCCAGAAGCACAGAUAUUCAGAAGUUUGGAGGACUCCAAGCUGAUUUGGUUCCCCUCUCAGGUACCAGGAAGCGAAGACACCUUUUUCCUGAUUGGCACUCUGUUUGGAAUGGCACUGUAUAACAUGAAGAUCGCUCCCUUUCAUUUCCCUCUAGCUCUGUACAAAAAGUUGUUGGAUAUUCCACCCACUCUAGAAGACUUAAAAGAGCUGUCUCCUACAGAAGGGAGGAAUCUUCAAGAAAUGCUGAAUGAAGACUAUGAUGACAUCCUUGAGAACAUGAUGAUGGAUUUCACAAUAAUGAAGGAACAAGGAGGAUCUAUAGUUUCCAUCGAACUUAAAGAAAAUGGUGCAGACAUUCCAAUCACAAAGCAUAACAGGAAAGAAUAUGUCAAUGCAUACGUGAAUUAUGUGUUCAAUGAAUCGGUAAAGAAGCCGUUUGAGGAUUUCAGGAAUGGGUUUUUAAGAGGCUGUCCAGCUAAAAAGUGGAAGCUCUUCCUUCCUAUUGAGUUCCUGACUGUUUUCCGUGGACAUACAAAAUAUGACUGGAAGCUGCUGGAAGAGAAUACAAAGUACACAGAUUAUGAAAAGUCUGAUCAAACCAUCAAGAAUUUUUGGGCUGUGUUUCAUGAACUCCCAGAAGAAAAGAAGAAGAAUUUUCUUGCUUUUCUGACAGGAACGGAUCGAAUCCCUGCCGAAGGGAUGAGACAGUUUCAAUUCACUAUUGCAGACUUUAAAAAAGAAAACCCGGACCUUUUCCAUCCUGUUGCCAAUACCUGCUAUCACAUCUUGGCGCUCCCAAGAUACAGCAAUAAAGAGAUUCUUCGGGAAAAGUUCCUGAAUGCCUUAGAGUUUUAUGAAAAAUUUAACCUAUCAUAAAUUGUGGCCAAGAGCAAUUUAAAAAAACAUUUUUCAUGUCUUACUUGCAAUAGUAUUCUAUUGUUAGCUAUUGUUGGAGGAGAUGCCACCAAAUCCUGUCUUUUAUUUGUAUUGCACCUUAAAAACAUUCAGAUUCAUUCAUCCAUUGGGAUUGCACUUUGACUGCAGGCCUGAGAAUCACCACCUUUGUUGAAGUACCUAAGAUUGUAGAACAGGUUUGUAAAAAGUCAGUGAACUAAUUAACCAAGUGCAAUAUUGACUAAACGAAAAUGUAUUAUUGGUUAAAUGACUUUUUCCCUGCAUAACCUCUUACAUUGGAUAUAAAGUGUGUGUGUGUGUGUAUAUAUAAAUAUAUAGAGAGAGAAAGAGAGAGAUUGAUUUUGUGAUAUGACAGGUGUAUAUAUAGUACACAGGAAUUUCAAAUGUACCUAGUGGAUUUAAAUGCCCAAUUCUCCUUGAAUUUCAUUUGGAUUUGGGUGAAUGAGUCUCUUAGGUUCCAUUGCAAAUCCCAGCCUUAAUAUGUAUCGAAAGAACACGUUGUAAUUAAUUAUUAAUGGUAUAUAUAAUAGGUUGACAAUGUAUAUAAUAGGUACUUUUAACUUGAGUGCUACCUACCAAACUGCUGUGUUAGGCAAAAUCACCCUCCCGGUCUUAACUCUCAUGCUUCCUACAUUCCCAGCAUUUAAAAGAAUCUUGCUGCUUCACAGAUGUUUCUGGCUGGGGUUUUGAAAGGAGCAUAAGGAAGAUAGAAUUAAUUGGGAGUUGGGUGUCUAAUGGGAGAUGGGCAACUGACCCCUGCAGCCACUUGGAAAGUCUCCAGCACACCGACACAUUCAGCGAGCAAGAGGUUAAUUGGAUGCUGGGAGGAGGGGUUGGUAAAGACAGUGAUGGCUCUGUAACUCUACAAUGCUCUUAUUUGACAUGGACCUGAUUACUCAGCAAAAUAAGUCACUAUCUUUGCCAGCUGCAGAAGCCUGAAUUGUGUUCACAGGGUGACCUCAAGAAGCAAGUCAACAACUUAAAUAUUAACAAAUAACAAUUAACACUUCUCCUAUAGGUUUCCCAAUGCAUCCUGUCUUCACUGUGUCUUUUUUGGAUUUGUCUGUAAGCUCUUUGGGGCAGAGAUUCUCCAUACUUUGUAUCUUGUAUAGAACCAAGCAUGCUGUCAAUGCAUUCUUAAUAGUAGUAAUGCCAAAGGGAGAGGAUGAUGAAAUUUCCACUGAUCAGAAAUAUUAGUGAUGAGUUCUCUAGCCUUACCCACUACCCAAGGGGGCCUGGACCUACAAAUUUGUACUGGACUGAGCAGUCCAUACUCUCACAAGCACUGUCUUUGACUCCCCCAAGUAAGAGGUUUCAGGAUCAGGACUCAACAUGGCAAAUAUUUUAUAUUCUGUCAGUCAUUUCCAGGCUUCGCUAAAAGCUGUAUUUUUAAAGCAUUAAUGCAAGGGCUUUGCAUUCCCAACAUGCUAUGAACUUCUUAUUUUCACUGUACAUAGUUUUUUAAAGGGGGUGUGUGGAGUCCUAAGCAAAUAGAUUUCAUUUUCAAAAGCACAAUGUUUUUUUAAAUAAAUGUCACUGCUACCAUAAGUUAAACUCUUUGGGUCCAAUCAUGCAAGCAACUCCAUGUGCAUGGAUCCCUGCACCUAUGCAGGCUUCCUGAUGGGCCCUGGAAGCUGGCUGUACUUUGCACAAUUAAGGCCCAACACUGAUAAUACUAUGCAAGGUUGUAAACACUGCAGACUAUACUUUUGUAUUUUUCUGUGGUUUUUCUUGUAAAAAGCAUAUAAAUAUUGCAUCUUUUUCAUUGUCCGACAACUGUGUCAUUGCUUACCCUGAGUACCGUAUGUUUGUUAUACAUUGUUGAAUAUGUCAGUGGGCAGGUACCUAAAGCAAGUUUCAUGUGUAAGAAAGUGUUUUACUGGCCCUUUUGCCAAAUGUUGUGUUGAAAUAAAUGAGGAUAGCCUUUCAUAUGUA